CAAACAGUGAACAAAUUUCUUUUGGUCUUAUCUUUCUUAAAACCCGGAAAAAAUGGGCGUCCAAGAACCGGACCCGCUUUCACAACUGUGCCUACCUCCCGGAUUCCGGUUCUACCCGACCGACGAAGAGCUCCUGGUUCAGUACCUCUGCAGAAAAGUGGCCGGCCACCAUUUUUCCUUACGGAUCAUCGGAGACAUUGAUCUGUACAAGUUCGAUCCUUGGGACCUCCCCAGCAAAGCCGUGUUUGGCGAGAAGGAGUGGUACUUCUUCAGCCCGAGGGACAGGAAAUACCCGAACGGGUCCCGGCCGAACCGCGUCGCCGGAUCCGGGUACUGGAAGGCCACCGGCACCGACAAGAUCAUCACAACCGGUGGCCGGAAAGUGGGGAUCAAGAAAGCUCUCGUUUUCUACGUCGGAAAGGCGCCUAAAGGGACCAAAACCAACUGGAUUAUGCACGAAUUCAGGCUCUCAGAGCCUCCCCGCAAAAAUGGCAGCCCCAAGUUAGAUGAGUGGGUGCUUUGUCGGAUUUACAAGAAGAGCUCCGGCGCGCAGAAGCCGGCGGCCGCCGCCGUGGGCGGCGCCGCCUCCCAGAGCAAGGAAUACAGCCACGGCUCGUCAUCGUCGUCUUCCUCACAAUACGACGACGUUUUGGACUCCCUGCCGGAAAUCGACGAACGCUACCUCUCGCUGCCGAGGUUGAACUCUCUGAAGAACCUCCAGCAGCUGGGCUCCGGGAACUUCGAUUGGGCCACGCUUGCUGGGCUCAUCCCGCUGCCGGGAUCCGGGCAGGUGGAGGCGGCCCAGGCCCAGACUCAGGCCCAAACCCAGCAGCAGAUGAGUUGCGGCAACGUGGGUGGUUCAAAUGACGUUUAUACCCCUCUGCUGCAGUUUGGCGAAGAAGAGGUGCAGAGUGGGGCCCUGGCUCUGCGGGUGGGCCGGCCUGGAAUCUACCCUGGCGGUUUUGUUUCGGAUUUUGCAGGCUCGACUGACCCGUUUUUAGGUCAGUACCCGACCCAGAAUGGAGGGUUCGGGUUUAGGCAAUGAAUACUGGGGAAAAAUGUGUGGGGGCGGUUUAUGGUAUGGCGAAAAAUUGUAGGGGCUAUUGUGUAAAUACUUGGAAUUUUUUGGGCUAGUAUGGUUAGCUGGCUUUGUUUGGUGGAGGGCGGAUUCAAGAGAUGAUGAAUUACUUUAACCCCCAGUUUUUGUGCCUAAUUUCAAUUUGCACCUUAAAGGAUGUAAGUUUGGAAUUAAAAAAGAGAAGCAUAGAGAGAAAAGACAAGAAAAAAAGAACAGUUUGUAAUUAGGAUAUAAUUUGUUGCAAGAUGUGGGUGUAAAAUUGGUUUAUUUAAUAGCUGAAUAUUGGAUGGCAGGGAUUGGUAUUUGCCUUCAAUGUUUUGAAAUCAAGUGCUUGAGUAAUUUGUGUUAUUUUUUAGGAAAUAAGAUACUUGUUUUCUUUAUUAUGAUCCAGUUAUAUUUUAUUCCCCUAGCAAAAAAG